GCGCACUUGUUUGAAUACGGAAGAGCUGUGCGAUACGUUUUGGUGGAAUGAAUACAAAGCUGUAAACAUAUCUUAUUUUAAACUAUCUUGACAUAUGGUUCAGCAAUAUUAGCUGUUAAUGUUUGCUUUGUUUCUUUAAAUCGGUGGAUUUUUAAAUGGAGUUUGGUGGCGGAUGUAGCACGAAAGGCCAAACGAGCCGUUAGCCAUCUCGAGGAGCACUUCACUUGCUCUCAUAAGAAGUGAGGUGAAACCAUGGAUCAGCAAGAGCAGGUUGAAUGGGACGACGUGAAUAAACUCCUGCAGCAUCAUGGGUUCAAACCGGUUUAUUUUGCAGAUCCAGUGGAGAAUAAGAGCCUCAAUGAUUUGGUCCUUCUGGACAAAAAGUCAGCCGUCGAGAUCAGACAGACUCUGAGGACGAUGCUGACGGACUCAGAGAGAAGACAGACCCUCAUCCAGGAGCUCAUCAAGACCAACAACCUGCUCAAAGAGGACGUCCAGCAGCACAUGGGCCGGGCAGCUCAGCAGUCUCAGAGGGUCUCUGAGCUGGAGGGGCUCCUGGAUGUGGUGAAGACCCGAGUCCAGGACCUGGAGGAUCGCUGCAUAGGGAAGGCCGCCCAACAGCAGAGCCACACCAAGCAGCUGCAGCACGAGAGGCUGGAGGCACAGCUGCUGUGUCACUCAUUGGAGCAGAAGUUGAACAAACAAAAAGAGGAGAUGGCUCAGCUUCAGAAGAGACUUUACUUCACCAUCAAAGAAGAAGAGCGGCGAUUGGCUCGACAGAAACAAACCUUUGAGCUCGUCUGCAACAAAAUCAGCCAGCAGGAGUCUCCAACGGAGCAGCAAGUUUUGGACGUGAUCGACUUCUAUGAAACUAAAAUGAGCCGCCUGCUGGAUGAGCUAAGAUCUGCCAAAGGAGAACCAGAAGUCUCUGAGGGGAUUCAAGAUCCACAAACCAAGAAAACAUCAAGCCAUGUUACUAAAUCUUUCAAAACUAUUCUAAAGGCGUAUCAGGAUCAGCAGAGAGGAAGUAAAACUCAAAUCAACGAACUGAAGAAGGAGGUGGAGAGGCUAAAACACGAGCUGGAGACAAGACCUACGCUCAAAGACGUAAAGUUCUACAAACACAAACUGCGUCGGCUAGAGAUUUUGCACAAAAACAAUCUAACCAGGUUCCCUAAAGACGACGGUAGGCUUGAAACCAGCGAGAACAUCAGUGAGCUGUGCUCCAAAUACCAAAAGAUAUUGAAUGACAUCAGCGCUGUCGUGACCAAUCCCAGAGCUCCGCUGCGGCUGCUCAGACAGAAAGCGCCCUCUGCAGGUUUGGAGCCAGCUGAGUUUCAGACUCUAGUCCCCACGCUGGAGGUGUGGGCUCAACAGCUCCACCUACUGAAGGAUCUUCAGCAGAGCUUGAAUCAGCUCACUCGGACGCUGACGCCCUGGCAGACGCCUGAUAGCGCCUGUAACGCCACAGAGACGUUGAAGGUGGAGGACAUGAUGCUGCAGGUGGACACCAUGCUGGAGAACACGCCCACCGUUGAUGAGAAGGUCCUCAGGAGUCCGACGCGGUUCACUCUGGGCUCCAUGGUGUCUCACUUCCAGAAGCUGUUUGACGUGAAGUCCCUCAGUGGCGUGUACCCCCGUAUGAAUGAGCUCUACACCCGGCUGGGGGAGAUGACCAAUGCCAUGAGGAACCUCAGAGACGUUCUGGAUUUAGACAGCAGAGCUCCUCCUGCUCAGAUAGUGAACCACGUCUCCAGACUGGUCUCCUCUUCUGAAAACAUGACUGGGCUCAACAACCUGCUGGGAGACGACGACAUCGACAGCAUCAUCGUCAAAGUGAAGCAACAUGAUGAGUUCUUCCCGGCUUUCCACACCCUCAUCAUGGAUAUUUUAGACACACUAGGUGUGAGCCACCUGGAUGACAUCCUUCCUGCUGUGAAGUCUUUGAAACAAACGGCUGAAUGAGCCAAACACUGCUAGUUCUCACUGUUAUUGAUUGUAAAGCAUGGUGUUUGAUUUUGAUAAACACUUAACAUUUAGAAAUAAAUUUAAGAAUAUUGCCGUUGUGGUAAUUUUGACCUCUCCUGCAAGUCAGUGCUGCCUAAAGUAAUAAUAUACUAAUAUUUUCUCUAUAGUUGUAAAAAAAAGAGGUUCUAAAUGCCAUGACAUGACUCAUGAUCUUCAACUGCAGUGACACUGAGUCAUUCAUCUGACUCACCUGUUGCACAACGCAGCAACCAUCUGA